AUGGAAACUAUUCUGAAGUUGCCUUCAUUUUGUUUUGCAGGCCCCUUCACAGAUGUUGUUACCACAAACCUGAAACUUGGCAACCCUACGGACAGAAAUGUCUGUUUCAAAGUGAAGACUACAGCACCACGUAGAUACUGCGUAAGACCCAACAGUGGGAUUAUAGAUGCAGGAACGUCAAUUAAUGUCUCUGUGAUGCUACAGCCUUUUGAUUAUGACCCUAAUGAGAAAAGUAAACACAAGUUCAUGGUUCAGUCGAUGUUCGCACCCCCUGAUACUUCAGAUAUGGAAGCAGUAUGGAAAGAAGCAAAACCAGAAGAACUCAUGGAUUCAAAACUAAGAUGUGUGUUUGAGCUUCCAGCAGAAAAUGAUAAACCUCAUGAUGUAGAAAUAAAUAAAAUUAUAUCGACAGCUGCAACAAAGACAGAAUCUUCUGUAAUGUCAAAAUCGUUAAGUUCUUCUUUGGAUGACAGUGAAGUUAAGAAAGUAAUGGAGGAAUGUAAGAGGCUUCAGUUAGAAGUUCAGAGGUUACGAGAGGAGAAUAAACAAUUUAAGGAAGAAGAUGGGCUGCGGAUGAGGAAGGCACCCCAAACAAACCACCCAACCUUUGCUUCAGCAGCUGCUGUGAAGGAGGAGGGGCUCAGCACUAGACUACUUGCGCUGGUGGUUUUGUUCUUUAUUGUUGGCGUAAUUAUAGGGAAAAUCGCCUUGUAGAGGGCAGCAUGCUGAGGAUUGUAAAUUGGAUUGAUGGAUCUGCCAUAUCAUUGGAUUAAAUUUAUUCAUAACAAAUGUUAAAAAAUGUAUGACAUCUCACAGGUCUUGCCUUUUAAAUUUUUACCCCUGCACAAAUAUAACAUUAACAUAACGUAAUCUUCUAGGAAGUUUUAAAAACAUACAAGGUACAAGGAGCAAGCAGGAGAGAAGAGGGGAAUUAUCUUGAAUAUGAGCAAUGAGGGAGGAAUCAUGUAUUUAAUACUAUAAUGGUGCAUUGUGGUUUGUUUUGUUUUUUUCUCUUCAAAAAGUAACUUUCAACGUUUUUUGGGCCUUGGUACUCAUUAUUGGGACUUCUAUGGAGGGAAAAAAAGUUGCUUCGCUGAAGAAACAGAUCCUUCUGUUCAUUUAGAGCUUGGUUUAGGCAGGCGAGUUGAAGGGCGUUCUGUAAAAUAUACUGACUCAUCAUUCCUCUUCAUAAACCUAUAGAGUCUUGUAAAGGGGCUGUGACUCAGAAAUCACAAUCCCUGUGGUUGAGUUACCCCCCCCCCCCAAGCUGUUGAUUUCGUUCUUAAGCAAGCGCAGGCCAGCCUCUUUAGGUUCUGCAACAGCCACCGGAGUGGAGAGCCCCUAACUGUGGACCUUUGAAGGUGGAACUUUGGGAGGAAAGUGGAAGGAAAGAAGGAAUCCGAGCAGGUUCAUGCUCUCAGCAUGAGCCAGCAACACCAGGCCUUCUCUGAACACAUGGUAUUUCUGCAGUUGGUCCCAGCCAGGUUGUUUACAAGACUGGUGUGUAAACAAAUGCUUUCAGAACUUGGGAACUGCUUUGUGGCAGGGUAGGAAGCAAGACAAAUAGGAGGAAGGUCAGUUCCAUGCUUUAUUCCUCUUGUCACAGGUUAGCAGUGAGGGAAACCCUGGCAGCCCAUGAUGGGUUGGAAACACACAAAGCCAAAUUUCCUAGCCUUGGUUAGUCAGCUUGCUGUCCUGUAGUGCUCCCAGGGUGAAGCAGAGGUCCAAUCGCAAUGUAGGCUAGAUUUAAGAAGAGCAUCCCAGUGGGCCACUGCCCUGAGUACCUUGGUCCUCCCCUGCCACAUGUCUGGUCAGAUGGCUUGCUUUUGUCCUGUCUUGUGUUCCAGUCAAGCUGCCAUUGCGUUAACGGGACCAUGUGCUGCCUCUAGCCAUGUUAUCCUCUUGCAGGUUGUUUUUUUUUUUUUGUAGCCCCUACUUGUCAUGUCUUCCAGAUAUCAUUUUGCCCCCAACACUUGUAUACUUGUAUCCACAACAAACUAUCACAGGCCUAGUCGCACAUGGUCUCUCUCUCUGUGUGUUCCUCUUUUGUGUGUGUGUGUGUGUGUGUGUGUGUAUUUUACAAAACCUUGUUUUCCCAUUUUUAAGUUGUUAAUGUCUUGCAGCUUUUGCCGAUCCGGGUUCUGUCCUGAACCAGAUAAAAGGCAAUCAGGGAGUGUGUCUUUUCAGCCUGAGAGGGAACAAGGGCUUGUCUUGUGUGUGUGUGUGUGUGUGUCCUCCUUGUAGAUGCUUAGUACCGCCUCUGCUUCGUUUCCCAUCUCUUCUCACAAGAGGCCAGCUCUUCUUUUCAUGGAGUGGAGGGGGAGUCUUAUGCAUCCUCUUUAGCCAUCAACGGUUUAGUGCUGACUUUCAGGUGAUACCUGUGUUGAGAGACGUUGUUGGAGGGGCGUUUGUAGGAAUUUGUGUGGUGACCUCUCUCAUUCUAGGCCACCUUGUCCUGUUUUAUGGAAGGGUAGGGUUUUCACACACAGCUUCAGGAGGUCUCACCUUGUCUUCAGAGUAAGUGAUUCCAGGAUGUGCGAAAAAUGAAAAAGUUUGAAAGGAAUGUAGCCCCUCCAUUACAGUACAUGAAAGUACCACUACCCAGUGGUCUUUGCGUCAGGUUGUAUGGAAUGAGAGUCAGUGUCUUGUUCUUCUAAAAUGGGACCAAGCUACCAUUGCUGUCAGUUCAUGUUGCUAAGUUAAACUCUUCUGUCCAGGCAUUUAAAGCGUAUUUAACUUAUUUAAUGAACUUCAUCUCAUGUUUUCCUUGUGGUCCUGGAAAUCUGACUACUGCUAUUAAUGGUUAAAAAGAAAAGGGAAAAGGGCACCUGUUAAAAACUGGGGAGGAAAACUACACUUUUUCUUUUUAUUGCUGUAGUAAUGAUGGAUUCUUCUGCCUCCUAAUACUUUGGGCACUACAUAAUUCUCGGUUUCAGUCAUCUAAACAUUGGGGGAAACUGUGGUCAGGAAACGGUUUUGUAUAUAAAAUAAGUCUAUGUAGGGGAAAAAUAGUAGGAAUUAGUUCUAUGCUGUUUAAAAAAAAAGACCAAUCCUGUUUGACUAUGUAGCAUCUUUAAAAAAAUGAAAUAAAUCUACCCCCAA